AUGCGCCUCCACUAUGCUGUUCCGUUGGCUCUCAGUGUGUUUAUUCAGUUCUGUGGUUAUCGCGCAAGCUUCGACUCGACUGUGCGCCUGUGGGAUGUGACUACGGGGACGUGUCGGCAGACGUUGCAGCGACACACGGAGCCCGUCUACAGCGUGGCCUUCAGUCCCGACGGACGAUACCUCGCCACUGGCUCCUUCGACCAGUGUGUCCAUAUCUGGAACGUCGAUACCGGUGAGCCUAUCAAUACAUACCGAGGCACGGGUGGCAUCUUCGAGGUCUGUUGGAAUUCCCGAGGGGACAAAGUGGGGGCCAGUGCCUCUGAUGGCUCCGUAGGUGGUUGUACUGGAUCUACGGCGAUAGAAGCCGUGUGGUGUGUGCACCCUCCAACUUCUCGUUUGCCCGUGUCCACUGCGUAUGUGUGCGCGGUGAACGAGUUCGAUCCACCCAACCAGCCUCCUACCUGCUCCCUUCUGCCGUCUUUCCACCACCUCUCAAAUGCAGCAGCAACGUUUAAGUCUCCGACAACAGCAAUCACUACCUCUGUGUAUCUGUCUAUAUUCACUCACGUUCCCGCUCUAUUCCCCACCUUUUUCUUCGUCUUCUUUAAAGGCAUCUUUUAA